AUGGCUAGGCAUCGGAGUUCCACCUUUCGCAGGCACACAAGCAGCAACCAGCAGGCGCCAGUGAACGACACCACCACCGUCGCCGCCAACACCAUCGCCAGACCUCCAAACCAACGUUCGCAGUCUGCAAGAACAAGCUCGGGCACAAAGGAUCCCGCCGACGAGCCCAAAUCGUCUCUGCCUACUAUCCGCUUUCACCCCCAUCAGGAGAUAAGAAAUGGGAGGCCUUCGUUGACGUUCUCUCCCGUCUCACGAACAUUACCGAGCGAGCAUUCUAUUAUCAGAGUCGGCCGUUAUUCCGAACGUGAGGGCGUUCCCAGUGCGAAUCCCCUUGCUCCUUCCGAUGCCCCGGUUGGGUUCAAGUCCAAGGUCGUCAGUCGCAAACAUUGUGAAUUCUGUUUUGUGGAAGGCCAGUGGCAGAUCAAAGACGUUGCCAGUUCCUCCGGGACUUUCCUCAACCACAUCAGGCUGAGUCAGCCCAAUACAGAGUCAAGGCUAUUUCCAAUCAAAGAUGGUGAUAUUGUUCAACUCGGUAUCGACUUCCGUGGCGGCGAGGAGAUGAUCUUUCGAUGUGUUAAGAUCAGAAUCGAGUGUAAUCGCGCCUGGCAGAAGAAACCAAACAACUUUAAGGCCUACUCCGACCUUGCGGCUGACGUCGAUCUUGCUCAAUCCGACCUCGAUGAAUGGAUGGAAGGCACGGAGGACAGCCAUAAUCAGCAAUCUGAAACUAAUGGUACUGCGCACAACGACUCCUUGAGCACGGACGACUCGUUCACCAACGGACAAGUCACAGGCCAGCCUGAAACCAACGGGUCAGCCCAUGAUCAACAUCCCUCUCGGCCUUCUGUGAAUACAAACCCUGCUCAUAGCACUUCCCCAGCGCCCCGACCGGUAUCCGCGACAAACGAAGCCAACCAUUCUCCAGCUUCUCUCAGAAAUGGUGGUUUACUUGCUCGAAGGCAAGCCUCCAACCCUUCUUCAUCAGAGGUACGAUCUAUGAAUGGCAACAUUGAAAUGCCCGAUCAGCCGGAGGCGAAUGAAGUGAAUGCUCAACUAGAACAUCAGCGAACACGAACCCAAACUCCAGAUCAUGAACAAGCGGUUGGUUCUGGUGAAGGGCCAUUGACUCCAAGGAAUAAUGCUGGUCCCUUUGUUUUUGACGGAAGCGCUGGAAGAUCCGAUGCGGUGCAGCUACAAGUACCUGGUAUUCCCGAAGUGACUGGCGAUAACGAGCCGGCUCGCUCAUGA